AUGGGAUCUCUGAAGAAAGUGGCCUCGGUGGAGAAGCAUUCGGCCUUUUCGUCGGCGUCAAAGUUGCCGAAGCCCCGCAAGAAUCUCGCAUCGCGCAAGAUUCAUACGGAGGGUCGCAUCGUUGCUAAGAAGGAGUCGGCCAGCGCCGGCACAAGGAAGAAGCACCGAUGGCGCCCAGGGACUGUCGUGCUGCGCGAAGUACGCCGGUACCAGAGCUCAACAGAGUUUCUCAUCGCGAAAGCGCCAUUCCGCCGCCUCGUGCGAGAGAUUGUGUCGAACUUAAAGGACUCAUUUCGUAUGAGCGCUACCUGCGUGGAGGCUCUGCAGGAAUCCACCGAGCUGUAUGUCACCUCCGUUCUCGCUGAUGCCAAUCUCUGCACAUUGCACGCCAACCGCGUCACGGUGUACCCAAAGGACAUUCAGCUGGCAUUGAAGUUACGUGGGGAACGUCUGUAG